CCCGCCGCCCCGCUUCAAACACGCAUGUCGUGUUUGAGCUGCUCUACCGUAUUUACCAUGCUACUUUGAUUUCCAAGCGCUGCUGCCAUUACACACAUUCCACUGUGGUUGUCCCCUCUGCUGAUCCGGACACGGGUGCGCUCCGCAAAGUAGCCUAUGUUUAGACCUACAACUUAUGCCACCGCGCCCCUCUACCUCUCGGAGCGCGGCGUCAACCUCAACGGCCUCGUCUCCUUCGCCGACUCCCUCCAGAGGUUCACGCCCAUCACCGGGGCGGUGGCGGGGCGCGGUGCAGAUCUGUCGCCUCCACCGGGGCCACCGCCCAGCCCAGCCGCCCAGCCGCCCGGUCGCCCGGUCGCCCUGCCGCCCUGCCGUCCUGUCGCCCUGCCACCCUGCCGCCCUGCCGCCCUGCCGCCCUGCCGCCCUGCCGCCCUGCCGCGCGCACUAUUAGAGGAAGCUCUGAAUUGAUGUGGACGUUGCGCCGCCGCUCGCUGCGCCCUGCGGUCGCUGUCGGCCGCUGUCGCCGUCCUGGUCUGAGAAAAGGGGCCGCCCGGAUCGGACACGACGUGGUCGCGGAGGUGAAUAAGCUCGGCGGGAAUACGGGAAGGAAUGACGGGAAGCCGGGAGGGG